GGCGUCUCCCCCAGAGAGACGCCAAGCAACCCCCACCUCGCGCCCCCACACCGUGCCGUUCGGCCGUUGAGCCGCCAUUCGAAAGCCGAGCCCCAUGUCCACUUUUUGAUUCACCACGCCACGCCAAGGCAGGGCGGCCUCUUCGUCCUUGGCAAGACGUGUUCCAGGACGAAAGACGAUCAGUCCACGAUGACGAAGCGUGCCCGCACAGCCGCGAACGCGUCGGCGGCCUCCUCGGCCGCCUCCCACACGCAAAGCCGCUUCCCCGACGUGCUUGGUGAAGCGGGCAUUGUUUUGGCGGACUUCCUCUCUCCAGCGGACCUGUAUGCCCUCCGGCGCACCUGUCCCGCGGGGAGACAUCAGCCCGGCGACGUCUACUUCAUCCACCGCAUCAACCGCUGCAUCGCCGACAAGCAGAUAGGGGGCUUGCUGACAUUCGACGCCAACUACCAGCCGGGGGAUGGCGAGGACAUGCCGCGUGUGGCGUAUCUGAUGCAGCUGCUGUACGUGCUGGACGAGGGCGGCCAGUGGGGUCUGUGGAUGGGCCCUCUGCGCAUCGCCCGACACGGACGGCUGGUCCAGUCGCUGCCCAUCAGUGUGAGGCCGGCGGACGUGCGGCGUGUGGGGUCCAAAGCGGUGUUCGACGGCCGGGCGGACAGCCUCAAGCAGUACAGCCUCUUCGGCCACCUGAUGGGGCAAGAUGGGGUGGUGGCCCUGAGACAGAUCGACGGCAUCGAGCAGCUGGGUGAGACGGUGGUGACCGUCUACACUCAGGAGACCCUCCCCGCCGACCAUGAGUUCGCCACUUCGUUCGACCCGACGGACCCCAUCGUCAGAGGUGGGCGAAAAAACACCAGCACAGUGGCACGACAAGGCGAUGCUAAUGUGUGGAGCAUGGCUUGUGUGGGUUCCUUAGUCAACAAUGAGGUGGAUUAUGCGAGUUUCCGACAGCUGGCCAUCUUGCGGUGAGGCAGGCGACGCCAGCCAUGCCACUCGCACACAAGCAGACGACACAUAACCUGUCUGCUGUGUGUAUGCGCCGCCUCGUUUCUUCGCCUAGUUUUCCGUGUGAGGAGCAGCUGAUGUGUCAUCGCACGGACCUCACCGGGGACAGCUCACGAGCUGCCCUGGCUAACAGACUGCUGACACAAGUAGGGACUACAGACGUCUACGCUUACCUACUGUCAAUCAACUAACUUAUUGCUGCAGGCGGCCAUUCCCUGGGGUCGCCAGACCAGAAUGGUGAGCAUCGACGACCAUCGCCGGCGGAGUGGCUCCAUCUACCUGUGCGGAGAGGGCCCGAACGACAGCUUUGCUGCCCGCGUCCACAUGACACGCCAGCCAACCUUCUGGACAACUGUCCUGUACACCACUGAGGCCCCCAGACCGCAAAAGGAGGGAUCCCUUCGUUUCCCCCGGACAGCGAAGCUGACUGCAACCUGUCUCGGGCGCAACGACAAGGAGCGGCUCUUCGAUCAUUUGAGGUAUGAGCAGCUGUCGUUUAGGAUCUGCCGGAAAAGCACGAAUGCAGUCGCCCCGAAAGCAAAGGCCAAGGCCAAGGCCAAGCCCAAAGCAGCACCGUAGGCAACAGGAGACACGC